AGAGUUCAGAACCUUUCAACAUGAAGGUGCUCCUAGUAUUUGCUUUGACCCUGGUCUUCGUCUCGCUGGUUUCAACGGCAUCGUUUCUUCAGGAACAAUCCGAGAAUGUUGGCAUUAUCAACGGACAUAACGCUUCGCCUGGUCAGUUCCCCUAUCAAGUCCAAAUAACGGGCAUUAAACGCCCACUAGCUAAUUGCACCGGCUCCUUGAUUGACCACAAUUGGGUGUUGACUGCCGCCAGUUGCAUAGGACAAGCCGAUCAUGUUUUCGUUUUAUUGGGCAGUAUUAACCGUUCAUCUGCUCCGGUCUUUCGUGUAGUCAACAAGAAAGACAUCAUCGUAUUCAAGGAUAUUCACAAGUCUUUACCUUUCGCCGAUAUCUCGCUUCUUCGCAUUAAACAUGUUGAGUACAACAAAAACAUUCAACCCGUUAAGCUACCGAAGAUCCAAUCACACUAUCAAACCUAUGCUGGUUCUGAGGCUAUCUUUACAGGCUGGGGAGUUACCCUUAACGCUUCCAACAAUGAGCCCAAAAUACUACAGUAUGGUAAAGUCGAAAUCAUAAACAAUACAGACUGCAGCGCUUUAUAUGGACAAAAAAUUUCCUCUGCCUUCAUCUGCACUUCGUCUGCCUCGGGUGUAAUCCCAUUUAUCGGCGACUCUGGUGGCCCAUUAGUGCAAUUGCCCAGUUUGGUCCAAGUCGGUAUAAUCACGUAUAACGAAUUAGGAUACCCCGGUCUCUUCACCCGGGUUACCAGUUUCCUCGAGUGGAUCAAGCAUCACACCGGUCUCCCUUUGUAAUUGAUGACUUCAAUUUAACCUAAAGAUGUUACCUAUAAGGGGCUAAUACUAUAUAUACCCGCUACCCAUUUUGAAUAAAAGCAAAAAAUUGCGGUAUUAUUUUCAAAAUAUUCCGAAAAUACUAUAAAAUACUUAAAAUAUACCAAACGCUAUAUUUGAUAU